AUGGAACUGAACGAUACGACGCAGCGCAUGCCGAACUCGCGCAACCCUGAUGCAGCGAAGCGCCAUAUUGAUCUAGACGACGAUGUUGAUGGUCAUGCAGCAUCCAAGAAAGCUCGUCUACAGCCCCAAUAUGCGCGGGACGGGGCAUCAUCGCUAUCCGUAGAGCACCUAAGUUGCUCUAUCGAUUCAACCUUCAGCAUAAACCUUCCGGCUGUAACAACCGAAGACGCCAACACGAGCCAACCUGAAGAUCAAAUGGACACAAUCACUCCAGAUUCUUGCGGCGGCACGUCGACUACUCCGGCCACUAUAGUGGUACCAAACGAUGGGCCUCAGCCUGAUACCUGCUUUGGCGCUAUCAUUGCAACAGCAACAUCUUCUCUCCAAUACGAUAAAGGCGCAACACAGGUUCCAGUAACGCUCAAAGCUGGCGAUACAAAGAUUAUUAUUACAUCUCAAUACGAUCAAAAAUACGUCGGAAUCAUCAAUAAUGCAAUACUUGCAAGGAUACUUCGAGAAUUUGCUCUCAAGGCCGAUGCAAAACUGAUAGUACCAGAAGCUUUGAAGAAGAAAACUUCAAAGAGCUCAAAGAAAUUGGCUACCAUUGUCUACUCACCCACCAAUUACGACAUUCGGAUCGUCUUAUACGGACUUUACACCGAUAGCAUCGCUAUUGGUAAUGCUCUUGGAGAUGCUAGCUUUUAUUUCCAACAUCCGUCACCCUUGGAGUACGAUAGUAGAAUGCAGUAUUGCAACCCUCACUAUCUUCUUCGUCCAGGGUUUCAAAUGCCAGCACUAGAAGAAGUCAUGGAUAGCAAAAGCAACAGAGAAACGGAGCAAAAUUUGCUCAAUGAAUUAACUAGAGGGCGAUUCAUGAAGCUCUUUGACGAAGCUGGCAAUAUCGAUAUGAAAACAACUAUAGAGCCUAGUAGCCGCCUCAAAUCGACAAUGAAAGAACAUCAGAUUUCCGCGCUCACAUGGAUGAUUGGUGUUGAAGCUGGGACUAUAAGAGAUGAACUUCCCUCGCUAUGGGGACCAUCAUCGUAUUCAAGCCCAGACAAGUAG